GCAGAUAGUGAUAGCACGAGAUCCUGCAAGUAGUAUUAUCAGGGGAAGGUCUCUUCUGUACUUUAAAUGAUAAAUUCUCCCUCUCCAUAAACACCGAAGAAGAAAAAGGAGAAAAUGGAUCUGGAUUGGUUAACGGAGUUCUUGAAAGGUAUGCUGAAACCAGUUGCUGCAACUGCGGUGGUUCUCAUGGCGGUUUUGUUAUCGUUUAUGCAGAAGCUUGGUCUGGAAGGAGAAAUGAUUUAUUCUAUUUUAAGAGCCUUUUUACAACUCUCUGUUAUUGGCUUUGUUCUUCAGUUCAUUUUCAACCGGCAAAACAUUGCUUGGAUCAUUCUCGCUUAUCUUUUCAUGGUAUCUGUAGCCGGUUAUACGGCGGGAGAACGUGCUAAGCAUGUACCGAGAGGAAAAUAUAUCGCCGGAGUUUCUAUACUCGCCGGAACUUCAAUCACGAUGUUCUUACUGGUUAUUCUUCGUGUUUUCCCUUUCACUCCUCGUUACAUCAUCCCUGUCGCCGGUAUGAUGGUCGGAAAUGCCAUGACUGUCACUGGAGUCACCAUGAAAAGACUUCGCGACGACAUCAAACUACAGAUGAAUCUGGUGGAAACAGCAUUGGCGCUUGGAGCAAAUCCAAGACAAGCAACAAUGGAGCAGAUGAAAAGAGCAUUGAUUAUUGCAGUAUCUCCAGUUUUAGACAAUGCAAAGACUGUAGGAUUGAUUUCUCUUCCCGGAGCAAUGACUGGUUUGAUCAUGGGAGGAGCUUCUCCUUUGGAAGCUAUUCAGCUUCAAAUAGUUGUAAUGAAUAUGCUCGUACGUGCUUCUACUGUAAGCACCAUAGUUUCUACUUAUCUCUCUUGGCCAGCUUUUUUCACAAGCGCUUAUCAGCUUCAGAAAGUCUUCUCUUCUGAUUGA